GCAAUUGGUGCUGAUUUUCAAGUCACAUGGUACUCAUUAACUGAUCAUUUAAGAGCAGCCGGAUAUAUCGGAGAAGUUUAUUUGAUUGCAGAUUGGCUGACUAAAUGUUGCAUUGGCUCACCUAACAGCAGUGCAGUGAGAGAUUUAAACUGCAGUUGUACAGUAACUUAAUUAAAAGCAGUGAAGUGGCUUAAUUAACAACAGUGCAGGGACUAAUUUUGCAGUGGCAUAGAAACAAAUCUUGUUGCAGUUCAUUGAAGUACCUAACAGUGGUGCAGUGUGUAAUUUUACAGUUGUGCAAUAACUAAUCUAACGACAGUGCAGUGCCUAAUUCUGAAGUCCUUCAAUAACAUUUAAUAGCAAUGCAACUGCACCUCGCAGCAGUGCAGUGAUUAAUCUCAUAUGUGCAGUGACUUACAAAAACAGUUGUGCAUUUGCUUACCUUACUGCAGUGCAGUUUGUAACUUAACAAUCGUGUCAAGACUAAACUAACGUCACUUGGCUAAAAGACAAGAAAUUUCGCUCAUUUUUUUGGAAAUACUCAAAGAUUUUACUAUUACCAGUGGAAGAAAAUAAUUUCGGAGAGAAACAAAGGCCAGAGAACGUAUCGAAAUAUCAGAGUCUUCUGUAAUAUACACACAUGUACACUUGUAUAUAUAUUUGCAAAACAGAAAUGUAUCUAUAUAAAGAUAUAGAAAUAUGUGAAUGUAUAGAUGUAGAUUGAGAUUUCAGGAAAUUGCAGAAACAGAAAGCAACAGACUUUAAGAAGGUCGUUUAAAGAAAUACAGAAAAGGGUUCUACUUGGUCAAAAAAGAAGCACAGGAAAAAAUUUUGGUUGAUUAAAUUUUAUCCAAGGUUUUUUUUUCUCUAGAAAUAACAUUAAUAUUGUUAUUAAUAUAUUUGACAACACUAUCAUCAACAUCAUACAAAGGACCAGAAGAAAAUGGUUGUUCCCUGCAGAAGCUGAAAAGGCCAACGCAACAACAAGAACAGGAAAUUAUUAUGAUAGUGAGGAAAAGGUGUGUGUUGAAGGAUUACGGAGUAAGGUUGGUCAAAUAAGAAGAACAGCAGGAAACAGAGGAAACGGUCUGAGCUUUGGAGAAGAAUUGAAUGAAGUGACACAGCAUAGAAGAAGAACAAGAACAAGAAGAUUGGUAGAGUGAAAUAAAGAGAGAAGAAAAUAAGAGGAGCAGGAGGAGAACGGGAUAAAGAUUUAAAGAGGAAAAUCAAAGAAGGAAAGAAGAAUAACAAGAAGAAUAAUAAGGACAUACAACAACAACAACAACAACAACAACAACAACAACAACAACAACAAGAAACACUGCAAAGGGAAGAACUAAACUGACCCCCCCUCCUGGCAAUAAGAACAUUAAUUGGAAGAAGGACAAAGUCAAGUAAAAACCAAUUGAAGCAGAAGGAGUUUGAACCAAGGUGGACCUAACCAAACUGAGCUAGACCCAACAGAACCAAGCAGGACCAGGAUUAUGGGUGCCCAAUUGGAUAACAGUCAUUCCAUACCAAAUUAUCUUUCUGAUCUGCAAAACUUCUUUCUGAGCGAACCCGGAAUCAUGAGCGACCGAAACAUUCAGUUCAAGGCCAGUAUGGUCGGGAUGUGGCUGGACAUGGAGAUCCCUGUGGUUCUGGAACAGAUUUCCAAUCUGCUGCAGCUGAAGCACUUCCAGAAGGUCAAAGUGCAGCUGAGUCGGCAGGGCCUGAAACUCACCAAAAAGGGCAAGCUGCCAGGGUUGAGCUCUGAAGACCUGAUCCCCUUACAAAACAUCGAAGACAUCUUUGUUGACAACAGCAUACCGACCUGUUUCAUAUGCAUAACCACUGCAUGUUCCAGUUCACCGACGCAAAUCAUGGCUUUGAAAUGCCUCAAUGAGAUUUGUGCCAGAGGAAUCGUCACCCAUUACAAGAUACUGACCGGCGACAAGAAGAAACUUGUCCAGUCAUUAAGAAAUGCUCAGCUUGCUUCUUUGGGUGCCAGCCAAACAUCCAACAAUUCCACAAACUCAGACUCCAGUGAGGGAAACAACGACUUGAGUGAUGGUGUUGGUAGCAACACUGAAUCGGGUUACACCACUGACCAUGAAUUGUGUGAGAAAGAAACAGACAGCGAUUCCAAACCGGAAGGUGACUUGGUUUUAUCUGGCCUUAGUCUCAAAGACAACCCAUCUAGAAACAAUAAACAAGACAUCAAGAUUCUAAUGCGCAACGUGUCCAAUUUAAGGUACCUCCUUCAGAAACAUGCUGCCACCAUCAGCCGCCAAGAAUUCUUGGAUGCCAAUAAGAAAAUCCAAGAGCUUAAUGAAGAAAUGAAGAAAAAGACUCGAAAAUCUAAGAAUUCUGAAAGUGAUGGGAGUAAAUCCAAGAAAGGCAACAGCAAUGGUGCCAGCAGCAGCAGUAGCGGUGUCAGCAGUGAAAAUAGCAACAACAGCAGCAGCAGCAGUGCCAAUAGUGAUGACAAUAGUGAUAGUCAGAUGUCUAAAGACUCCAUCUAUACUCAAAUAAGCAAACGAAAGAGCAACCAAACCCACAAAAUAAUCGAUGCCCUCGUUAGCGAUGGAGCAGUAAACCUUCCACGAGUGUCGUCAAAUAGCAGCAUGGAAUCAUUUCAAGCAAUCAGCAAGAAAAGGCAAAUAAACAAAGACCUAAAAUGUAGCAUAAUUGAUAACGAAGAUACGGAAGGCGAGUUCCAGGCUGAAAUUGAAUUUUUGGCUGAAAAUGAUGACGUGUUUUACACAAAUCAGUUGGGUUCUGCAUUGAGGGGCCGUAUGAACUCUGAUGUCACGGUGGUUUCGAUACCUGAUUCAACUGCUAAAACAAGAAAGAAGUCUAACAUAAAGAGAGACUCUGAGAAAGUUUUGUCGCCCGGGCGACAAGUUCGGUUCAGCGAAUCAACAGAAACAGUCACCAUGGCAUCAACGCCGACACCUUCAGAGCAAUCUUACUCUGACACCAUGGAAAUUCCAGUGCGACGCCAUUUCUUUUACCAGAAAUCGAGCUACCAGCCAGACUGGACACCAACGGCACGCAAUGACGUCGUUCGAAUGUCAAGCUUGAAAACUCAUGUUCUCAAACCAAUUGAACGUGUUUAUUCGAACACGACCUACCGGACGUAUGCCCCAUCAAAUGAUUUUCGUCCAAAACUAAACUCAGAGCUUUAUUAUCAAUAUGAGCCCAGCUUUGUAGACACUUAUUAGUAGCCACAAUUACACUGGAGUACCGAGUUGAAGCAACAAAUGUAUAAAUGUAUGUACAGACGCACAACACUGAACAUAAAACACAAUACAAUACACAAUCAAAAUAAAUGCUAACUCUGAGAGGUUUUUUGCUGAGAUAGGUCUUCCAUCAUCAAAGCUAUUUUCAUGGGAAAUUAUAAAUAACCUCAAUACCAUGAAUCCGAGCACUGCCGAUAUCUCUACCUCCAGAUCUUCACAAAAAAUAAGUGAACCAUAAUGCUUUCUAAUGAACCAGAAAGAAAGAAAGACUUAUGAAAAGAAAGAUAUUGAUAAUUGACCAGUUUCAUAUUGGUUGCUAAUUAAUGAUAAUUAGACUGGUUUUGGUCAUAAUGGCGAAAAGACUUUUGAGACCUUUGACUGUUGAUAGCACAACAGAAAAUAGUCUUUUGUUGUUACUAACCAUGUUCAUGGCUCAAAGCUGAUUACAAAAAGAUAAAAAAGAGGAAACGUGUUGCUAACAGCAUAAAGUGGGCCUCUAAGUGUUGAUCACAAAGAAAAAAAUAAGUAUAGUGUUGUUGCUUUCUCAGAACACAAAGACAUCGUUUAAGCCAAUUACGAAGUACAAUGUCAACACCAAAAAUUGUUGUAGCAAUUAAUUGUUGCUAAUCUAACAUAGCACCUUUCUUCCAAACUUCACUCCAAAUCACUGAACAGAGAAACACAAGAUUCAGUCCUUUGUAACGGCACUGCAUCAAUGCACCCAUGGUGGGAUACUAAAGAUUUUGUAUUUCCUCAACUGAAACAACAAUAUCUUACAUACAGGGAACAAACAACAAAAUCACAUUUAUGAUUACCAGUAAAACUAUACAUAUCACUAAAUUAUUACAAUUAAUCAUAAACCAAUGAAAAACAUGGACACACGUGCUGCUAAUGAAUGUUGUUAAACUAAUUACUGUGUUUAAUAGUAUAUAAAACAUACUUUUGUUUCUGGAAAAGGGUCUCAAACAAUCGUCCAUCCUGGGUCCUGUAUAUAAAGUUGGGACUACAUGAUCUGUAUUUAUGAAUUUUAAAAAUUUUCUUCACAAAAUGCGCUGUUGAAAUUAGGGUGCAUCUAAUAUACCCGUGCUGUCUUUCAUGCUAUCAAGUGUGGCAGGUGAUUAUGUCAAGUUUAAGAACUGAAGAACUUCAAAGAGCUGGUGCUUAGGUUCAAAACUGAAGACAGCAAAAGACUAUUGGAAGUGAAAUCUUCUGACGAAACGGUUAUUGUUCCCAUGAGGUGGAUAAACUAAAGAAAUGUAGAAUAAAUGUUGUCCCAGAAAGGCAUUGAAUUUCCUGUGGGUGAUUUGAACCUUUAAUGCAUGAAUAAUGUUAACAUACAAGAUAAUAAUGGAAGAAUGGUGCAGGUUGUUAUUAAUAAACAGAAAGAUAGGAUUGUUGUUGUUGUUAUUGUUGUUGUUGAUAACAAAGAAGAAAGCACAUAUAUUAUGUCAAUAAUACAUUAAAUGUGCUCUUAAUAAUUGAAGAGUGGUAAUUAAGAGUGAUUAUUUUUUUAUCAAAAAUUUUAAAAAAACAAGGGACACAGACAGAGUCAAGUAGAGUCAAAGGAGUCAACCCUGUGAAAAUUUGAAGUUGGAAAGAGUCUGAUGUCAAGUUAGAUUAAAUCUAAAUAGAAAGAAAUGUGAUGCAAGAUUGAUUUUUUUAAAAAAACAAACAAAUCAUUUCCUUCAUCCCUGCCCCUUGAAAACAAAACCCUCCAAUAAUGUAAGUCUUCCACAUCUGUUCCAACUGAAAAAUUGUAAUUUAAUUUAACAGAACACAACACUUCCCAGUGGCCGUCAGAAAAUAUUCCCAACAGUCAAAGAAGAUCACAAACCGCCGCUGACUUCAUCAACCAAAAGUUAUUGCAGCCAAGCUUCAGAAGAGUUUCAACAAUGUGAGAAAGGACUGACAGAGUGUUACGUUGAAAGUACACAAUUGUAGCUUCACAUAUGACUUGGUUUUGUUAGUCGUGUUCGUAUUUACUAUACUAGACAUGGCUGUUGACAGGAUGUUAUACAUGUUGUGGCAUCAUGUGAUGGUAAUGACAUUUCAUGAAAUUUGACAUAAUUAUUACGUGACAGUGUAUUGACAAAGAACUACGUUUAUUGUUACACUUGACAUGAAAAUGACAUACUACAACACAACAGAAUUUUGACAUGAUAUCAUAUUGACAAAAACAUUACAUGUUAACCAUUUAGCAUUCAGAUUAUUACUGUCAAAUGUGGUGUUUAUUCACAUUAUUUUGAAUUAAUCAUGCAUCAUCUCAUAGCUUUGAGAUUUUGAUGAUGUAGUUGUUUAUUUUUAGAAUGACAUUGUAGGGUAGGUGUGAGAAGCAAGAUCUAGCUGGUUUGAAUAUAAAACAGACAGGAUAUUUUGUCCAAAAAUAGCCAGAUUAGAUAUUAAAGAGUUAAAUGACAAUAUGAUGUUGACAUAAAAUUUUAAAUGAAAUUAUGUUGACAUGUUUCAAAUGACAUCGCAUUGACAUCAUGUGAUGGUUAUGUCAAUGCAUUAUGUGGAAUUGACAUGAAAUUAUAUCACAUGGUAUUGACAUAACAUUACAUUACAUGAUAUCAAUAAGCAUUGACAUCAGAUAGCAUGACAUGCUAUCAACAUUACGUGAUGUAGUAUUGACAUAAUGUUACAUGACAUGAUUUUGACAUGAUAUUGACAUGGUAUUACAUUGACCCAGCGUUGCAUAACAUAACAUCACCGUCACAUGAUAUUGAUGCAAAAUCACAUGACAUGGUAUUAUAAUUCAGAAGCUAACAUCUUGAAAAUAUUUCGGCUAUUCAUAACAUGCAAACAUCUCUAAUUACCAUUUACCACCAAACUCAUUGGAGCUUUGUAUGUCAAUGAAAAAUCCAGCAUUUCACAUCGGCACUCCACCAGCUCGUACCUAUCAGCCUUCUUCAUUUCGACAAAAGUACUGACAAGAUACAAUUCAAGAUCAAUAUUUGAAGAAGAAGACAUGUGUAAUUGGUUGAAUCGAGCUCCCCCCGUGUAUAACUGAUACUCAUUCUGUCUGUUUUUUAUGGAGAAACAAAAGCAAAGUUAACUUUGGUGAGAUUUAAACUAAACUAAAAAAUAAAGAGGACAGAACCAUGUUUUGGUCAACUGACUGUCAUCAUUCCACCAAAUCAUCAAACACUGAUGAAGAGAAAACCAAUCAAUUCACUUACUAAAGAAAUCCUUAUUAUUAUCAUUAGCGAUAAUAAAAAUAAUCAGACAACAACAAUAUCAAAAACAUAACAAUAAUAACAAUGAAAACACUAAUAAUAACAACAAAAAGUAGCCAAACAAGAGGAAACUAUACAGCCACUGGACAUGCUAGAAAUAGCAGUCAAAUUUCCUCAAAUCACAUCCUAUCACUUUAGAGAAGGAAGAACAUAGGUCUGCUCAACCAGGCUUCACAAGAGGCUAAACAACAACAACAACAAAAACAACAACAACAGCAACAACAGCAAAAGUAAGACUUGAUUCUUUGUUACCAUUUUAUUCAAAGACACUGCGAAACAACUCUAAGAUAUUAACAAACACCUGAUUGAAUUGAUAAAAACAAAAACAAAACACACACAACAAAAAUAACAUAAAUGAACCAUGUUUUCUGAAUCUGAAAAUUUAAGACUGUUUUACCAUGUUUUGAAUUGUCUAUCACAGAAGCCUUAAGGAAAUUAUGAGAGGAUAUAAAGAAAGAAAGAAAGAAAGAAAGAGAGAGAGAGGGUCUUUGAGUUGCUUGCAGAUAUUUUGCUGCUUACCAUUGUGUGUAAAUCAAACUUGACCUGACCUGAUCUGACCUGACCUAUGUCAAUUACAACAGCAAAAUAAAUCCUUGCUCUCUUUGGUGCCGUAUAAGAUACACUUUUGUUUCAAAUAACCAUCUCAGAAAAAAAAAAAACA